ACUCCUACAACAAAAAUAGCAGAGUUUAAAGAAGACUAAAGAAAUGAAGCUCUGGUUCUUGGCAAUACUUUGCUUGGCCUCCAUUCUUGGCAGCCUCGCACAGCAGUGCGGUAGCCAAGCCGGGGGGCAGACAUGCCCCAAUGGGCUGUGCUGCAGCCAAUAUGGCUACUGUGGUUCUACCUCAGCUUACUGCGGGGAUGGCUGCCAGAGCCAGUGCAGCGGUGGUGGCUCAACUCCCAGUCCAACCCCUCCAAGCCCAACACCUAGUGGUGGCUCGGGUGUCGCCUCUCUCAUCAGCUCAUCACUGUUCGACCAAAUGCUCAUGCACCGCAACGACGCUGUCUGCCCGGCUAAUGGAUUCUACACCUACGAUGCUUUCAUUUCUGCGGCGAAUUUCUUCAGUGGCUUCGGGACAACUGGGGACGAUACCACGCGCAAGAGGGAGAUCGCUGCUUUCUUGGCACAGACCUCCCAUGAAACAACUGGUGGGUGGGCGACCGCACCUGACGGCCCUUAUGCCUGGGGCUACUGUUUUAAAGAAGAGCAAGGCGCUACCUCGGAUUAUUGCGUCCAAAGUGCCCAGUGGCCUUGUGCUCCGGGAAAGAAGUACUACGGCCGAGGACCAAUACAAAUCUCCUACAACUACAACUAUGGACCAGCUGGUGAAGCCAUUGGCCAAGACCUGCUCAACAAUCCGGACUUGGUCGCCACCAACCCAGAUGUCUCCUUCGAAACGGCGUUAUGGUUCUGGAUGACCCCACAAUCCCCAAAACCUUCAUGUCAUGAUGUCAUCACCGGGCAAUGGACGCCGUCGGCUGCCGAUCAAGCAGCGGGACGUGUUCCAGGAUAUGGUGUCAUAACCAACAUCAUCAACGGUGGGCUCGAGUGUGGCAGGGGGCAGGAUAGUAGGGUGGAAGACCGGAUCGGGUUCUACAAGAGAUACUGUGACCUUUUGGGAGUGAGCUAUGGAGACAACUUGGACUGCUACAACCAGAGGCCUUUUAAUAGUGAGCUAUGGAGACAACUUGGACUGCUACAACCAGAGGCCUUUUAAUCAAUAAGUUGUAUAACGAAAGCCUGUAAUAAUAAAGCUGUAAGGCUCCUUUGUGGUACUAAAUAAAUCAGCGACAUGGCAGCUGUGCCAUGAGUAAGUGGGGAUAUCAUAUAUCUUAUAGCCUGAUAAUUAAUGGAAGUCUGAUGGCAAUCGAACGAAGUUGAUAAUAAAAGCAAAAGAAUAAAUGAAAGUUUGUUCAAUUGUU